GGCGGGAAUAAAAGCUGCAGUGUCAGUCGCUUUGCCACUGCUAGAAAAAUAAAAAUACAAGUUGUAUUAUUUUUAGUGGCACCUCUGUCAAGAAAAGACGGCAAUCAGAUUGUGGCCACGAAGAUAGCUGGAUAACGCGCCUUUUAAAAGCUUGGAGGAAUGGCGGUUGGGAGCGUGGAAAGGAAAAAACCGCCGAACCUCGGGAGCGGAUCUUCCUUGCGAGUAGGCUCAAUGAGGCUGUAGGACUUCUGACUAAGCAGUGUGGCUUUUUGGGCGUUGAUUAUGGAUGAAAAGCUGAGAAAAGAUGAACUUGUAAGGACAAUUAAAUUUACCCCACCACUAUGGAAGCAACGCUACCAGUUCGUUAAAGAAUUAGUCAGCAAGCAUCAACCUAAAAAGGUGGCAGACUUGGGAUGUGCUGACUGUAAGCUACUGUGGAAGCUGAAAUUCUUGAACUGCAUUGAAAUGCUUGUUGGAUUAGAUAUCAGUGAGGAUGUGAUGAAGGAAAAAAUGCAUAUGUUGUAUCCCCUUCCUGGUGACUAUCUUCAGCCAUCUGAAAGACCCCUGACUGUUAUCCUUUAUCAGGGUUCAGUUGCUCAGAAAGACCCCUGUAUGUUGGGCUUCGAUAUGGUAACAUGUAUUGAACUAAUAGAACACCUGGAGGCAAAAGAGUUGGAGAAAUUUCCAGAGGUGGUAUUUGGUUUUAUGUCUCCAGCUAUGAUUGUAAUUAGCACACCAAACUCAGAAUUUAAUCCUUUGCUUCCAACUGUAACAUUAUUCAGACAUCCGGACCAUAAAUUUGAAUGGAAUCGAGAACAAUUUCAAAACUGGGCUUUUGAUGUUGCUACUCGCUAUGACUACACAGUAGAGUUCACUGGAUUAGGAGCCCCGCCACCUGAAAAAGAUGAUGUUGGAUUUUGUACACAAAUAGGUUUAUUUGUGAGAAAGAACCUAAAGAACGGAGAACCUGAGACAGCUGAGAAAUACAAAGAACAUGUUUAUAAAACUAUUUUCAAAGCAGUAUAUCCAAGCCUUAAAGAUGAAAAGUAUUUGCAAGCUGCGGUGGUCAAUGAAGUUGUGCGGACAUCACAAAUAAUUGCAAGAAGACUAUUGGACAAUAGAAAACCCAAAUACAAGAAAGUGUGUGAUAGUGUUGAAACUGACUGUCCAUUCCUGACAACUUGUUUCCUGAAAGAUGUCGAAGAUCCUUCUUUAACCAAAGCUGACAAUCCACAUAUAGAAUCAUUCAUUAGUGGACAAACUGUCUACGUUCCUCUGGCAAAAAUCUUUUCUGUUCCCAAAGUGAAGCAACUGUGUGGCACUUUUGAAACACUAAACAAACUUAUCACUGGUAAAGUUGCACUGAGCAAUGAUGGAUCUGCACUGCUGAUUGAUAUAGAGUAUGAAAACGAAGAGCUGGAGAAUGAGCAGCUUCUUCCUGCUAGCAAAUAAUGAAGAAAUCAGAGAUUGAUGCUUCUAUGCAUGAAUAGAAAUUAAUACCAAAAACAUGUUUUAUGGCAGUUUUACAAGUUAAAAUAGCCCCCUUAUUUAGUGUACAUAAUGAAACCUCAUAUGGCAUCUAAAAGUUCUACAAGUUUUCAAUGUAGAUAUGUCUGGUAACAGUGAAAUAAGAUAUUUUGCUAUAAAUAAUGAGGAUGAAUGGUUCUGUAGGACAAAUAAUACAACAGGAUGUAUUUCUUGGAAAUAUUUAAAUUGUUAAUGGUUAUCCUCUAAUGGGUUGCUACUAUGUAGGAAAAAAAUAAUUUUGUUUAAACUAGGAACCAAUAUUUCUUAUAUUUCUCACAUACAAACCUAUAAAGAGCAUGACUUCCAUGCUUUUGCUUUGUCAAGAUGAAACCAAGACUAGGCAGCAAGCCCUGCUCCUUACAUGCCCAGUCCCAAAGCUUAGUCUGACAGACCUUUUCCAGCCACUGAAAGGACUGACACAGCCUCUUAUGAUUUUGGGAAACCAGGUUUGUUUUGAACUGUGAACCUUCCCCUCAGUUAUAAGGUGUUCUUAGUUUAGCAGGUAUAAAGGCUUUGGAUUCAUUACCCUCAGGCAGGUUUUGUGGGGAGCAAGAAGAGCAUGGAGGUCACUGAUGCAGUUGUAUGCAAGUAACAAAAGAGUAGUUAUUAACAGAUUGGUUUUAAAGAACGGACCAGCAGCACAGGAUUCCAGGCAGUCAUCUGACUGAGGCAUGUAAGUUUAGAUUAAUUAUGGUUUACAAGUAAGGUUUGAAUUCUCUUUAAUAGGUUUUCACUGACAAGCUAUUAGGUUUGAGCCUUUCACACACGCAGAUUCCAUCCACACCAGCCUUCCCUUUCCCAGGCUUCAAGCUAAACAGUAUGAGGUCCACUCAUCACCAGAGAAAGGCCUCAUAACCAUCUACUCUGUGCUCCCAGAGGUAGAACCAAACUCUGCCAUGAUACCAAGCAGAGCUACCCUUGCAGUACUUCACAUAUGUAGCUUCUGCACAUAACAGUCAUCAUGUUCUGUCCCUGUACCAGUGAAGUUGUCCUUAUGCAUGGAUUUUCUGUGUUUGGAGAAAUACUGUCUGAAAUGAGAGAAAACCUUAAACAUAAAAGCAAAACCAGUCCUGUGCUAUCACUUUCUACCAGGAGGUGGCAUUUUUUCCCACAGAAGUUGUACGGUAUAUUUUGUGUCCAGUUUAGCAGGGUGUUGGGAGGGGAAAAUAAAUUUUAUAAAGGUUCCUGCAGCAGCCAACCUGCAGCAGCAGCUUGUACCUAGGGUAGCCAUAUUCCCACUACUUAGUAAAAAAAAAAAUCAGUGUGUGAUUAGUACAUACCUACUGCCCAUAUAAAUAAUUUGAAUUAAUUUGGUGUCCUGUAGGCAUCUGUACCUUAUACAAGACCAUUGUGCACAGUAUAUGAAAAAGGUGGCUAUUUUAGAUGGGAGAAAAACCACUUUUUCCAUAUACACAAGAGCAUAUAACGAGAUGUGCACCAGGGGAAAAAUGCAUUUGUUAAAAAUUCUGACAUUAUUAUUCCCUUUGGAGAACCUGGGGGCUGCAGUGGCCUUUUUAAAACAAAGGACACUAAACACAGCAGAAUUGGUGAUGCGUGCCCCCUAAAGACCCCCGAAGUAAUUGUACCGGUUCUAUGGACCCCCAAAGGAGGAGCCUCCAACAAUCUUCCAUUGUUUUCUAUGUGGAAAAAAAAUAUCGUUUUCUCUGGAACUAAGAAUAGCCAAACACACAAGAGCAAGCAACCAGUAGCUGAAGGUCUCCCAAUGCAAACCACCAGCAAGCCCAGUAGAACCAACAUCAAACCAGAUAAUCUUAGCAGAAUCUCAUUCAAUGUCAAACAAGAGAAUCCACCCAAACAAACCGAAGCAAGGGGAGGGACAUUAUUUCCAGCCUAACAGAACUCAAACCACAAAAGCCAAGUAGAACUAAGAGCCAGUGUGGUAGCACAAGGCCAAGAGGAUGGCUGUCAAGCCAGAAAAUCCAAAACUCCCCCUAUUGAUCUUAUUUGCCUUUGAGCACUGCCUCCCUCCUUCCAGGAAACCUGCAAAAGAACAAAAACUGAUGUUUGGACCUUUAAAAUGCUGGCCUGCAUAUUCCCAAAUAUUUGGGAUUUGAGGAAAGAUUGCUGAGAUUUCCGAAUAUUGAUCUGGAUUCCAAGUAGCUUGGAAAAAUACUGACAUUUUUUGGAUAUAAGUUUGGAUCAGAUAUAUCAAAGUCUACUGCUGGGGAAAAAUAAAACAUUCUCAUGUAACAGGAACAGCACAGUAUUGAGGGAAGAUGUUUUCCCUGUGUUCCUGCUCAAGGAAUAGAGAUCAACCAUGUAUUUGGGCUUAAUGCAAUGAACAUGUAAAAGAUGAAAGAAUAAAAUGAGCUGUGCACUAAA